AGUACGAUUUUUGGAGUUAUUUGAUUUUUAUCUAAACAAGUAAUUAUUUCGCGGUUUUUGACACGCGUCUUUCAUUAGCUAACCGUAGUGUGACAGGACUUAAAAGAGCCAAAACUGUGAACACUGCCGUCCAUACGUUAAUCCAUAUAUUAUGGUGUAUAUAUGUGUGUGUAACCUAUUUAAGUCAGUAGGAUUAGGGUUAAACAAUUUCUCGUUAGAUGUUGUUAUGCAUUUUGCCGAAAAUUUGCAUCGUAAUCACACAUUUUCAUAAACGAUCGUUACAUUGUAAAAACAACGCACAAUGCCUGGAAAAAUAAAAGUAAAAAUAUUAGCAGGCCGUAAUUUGCCAGUUAUGGAUCGUUCAGGUGAUACAACAGAUGCAUAUGUAGAACUAAAGUUUGGCAAUACAACUUAUAAGACGGAUGUAUGUCGAAAAUCUCUGAAUCCUCAAUGGAAUUCAGAAUGGUAUAGAUUUGAAGUUGAUGAUGCGGAAUUACAAGAUGAGCCAUUGCAAAUCAGAUUGAUGGAUCAUGAUACAUAUUCUGCAAAUGACGCUAUAGGCAAAGUGUAUAUAAAUUUGAAUCCAUUAUUAUUACCUGGUAUGUUGCCUCCGGUAAAAAAUAUUUGGACCUUGGAGGCAGCCAUGAAUACCAGUGCUGGUUCACAAGGAUCGGUUAUGACUGGAUGGAUACCGGUAUAUGAUACCAUGCAUGGUAUACGUGGCGAAGUAAACAUUAUUAUCAAAGUGGAGUUAUUUUCUGAUUUUAACAAAUUCAGGCAGUCAUCCUGUGGAGUACAGUUUUUUUACUCACCAAAUAUACCGUAUGGAUAUCACGCACAAAUGAUACAUGGAUUUGUUGAAGAACUUGUGGUUAGCGAUGAUCCGGAAUAUAAAUGGAUCGACAAAAUACGAACGCCUAGAGCAUCGAAUGAAGCGCGGCAGACGUUAUUUUUUAAAUUAAGUGGAGAAGUUCAAAGGAAGAUCGGGUUGAAAGCACUGGAUCUUGGUGGAAAUGCUGUGAUUGGAUAUUUACAGAACUUCGAUUUGGAAGGCGAGUCUGGCAUUGUUGCUAGAGGCAUAGGCACAGCAGUGACGCUCGUAAGAUUGCACGAUGUUCUUGGUUUCCCAUGCGACAAUGUCAAUAUUGAAGAAAUCGCAUUUGCGCUUUCUUCACGUACUAAACCGCAAACAGAACGUUUAAAUGCCGAGAAAAGCGCGGCGCUCAUUUCCAGUCCUCUUCCUGCUCAUGUUCCCGCUUUGUAUCCAGUGCGCGUAAGAAAAAGACCCAUCGAUAGAAGUUUACCUUCGUUUUUCGCGAGAUCUUCGUUGUCAUUAACUCGCUUGGAAUAUUUUGCGAAAGCACCGGGAACUCCUGGAUACGUUACAGCGCGAAGGAAACAUGCCGAGCGCAUUCCGUUUUUCCGAUGCAAUACUUUGAGCACGUUGAAUUUAAGAAAUUCUAGCGAUGUCACUCCGUCUCCUGAAUGUUAUAUUGACGAGACGGUCAGGUCCUUACGUACCAUACUGACGUCAGAUAUAAAAAAAAAGUCAUCGAGAGGGCUCUCAAAACAGAUUAAGCAUCUACGCAGUAAAUUUGAUUCAGUCGGCGAAGAGAAUCACCUCGCAGGGUCCGAUCACGAUCCCGAUACAGAUCCGAUCGAAUUGACUGUCUCAAAAUUUGGAAAAGAAGACAAUUUCAAGGAUAGUAAGGGUAGCGGUGAAAUGAUGGCUGCAUUAUUAAUUGGAUCCAUACGGAAUAUGUCUUUGAGAAACAUCGGGAAUGCAGAUCAUAUUCCGAUUUCUGAUGAACAGUUAAAUGACGAAGCAAUGAAAACGGAUUGUACAGAGAAUGUUGAGAAAAAUGCAAGUGACAACGUAAAAGAUGAUGAGCAGUCACAGGAUGUUUCGUCAUCUGUCGAUGAUGAGAUGUCCUCCUGCGGUCCUAACGAUAGUUUUACAGACGACGAUGAUUUGACAGAAGACACGGCUAGUUAUAAUAUUUUAGACGAUUCGAAAUACUUUGUCGAGAGAGAAUUUGAUAGAGCGGAAGACUCGACGAGUUUUCAAAAGCUGAUGAUUCCCGUUGCCCGUUCUAGCGGAGAAAGCUGUGACAAUUUUAUUCUGCAGAUGAAUUCGGAUACGGCAAAUGGUUUGUCGAAUUUGUCUCCAAAUUCGAAUUUACCAAACACAGAAGAUAUCGAAUUGCAAAAUCUCGAUGCGAUUCCUAUUAUUACCGUGGACAUUCACGAAAGCACAGAUGAUUCAAACGUGUCCAAUACAUCUGAAUUGUCUAAGAUUGACGAAAAUAGAUUUGCUGGUGUUAUUUCGUGUAGUUUAAUAAAGACCAAUACGGUUUCGCAAUCAACUUCCUCAUUGACUGAUAAAGAAAAAAUCGGCGACGCCGAACAGAUGUUCGAUACCUUUCGGAAGCGCCAAACAUUAAGCUCAGAGACGCAAGAAAGUAAACGGAAUAGCAACGCUACUUUCACUGAAUCUGACAGUUUGUUUGGCAAAGUGAAACAUCGUGUUUACCUCACCCGACAUGAACGAGAUCUAUGUCGAGCUCAUAGCCAAUUCGCUCAUCAACAAAACGAACAAUCGACGCGAACUCAAUUUUUAUCUCUCGUUGAAAGGGAAGAUGACGCGAAUAAAGAGAAAAAUGAUUCAACGAUUGACGCUCUCAUUUUAACAGAUACAACACGUACCGGUGUACCAUACAAUAAACUUAAUGCGAGCUCUAUCGAAAGACGGAGAUGCAUGCGCGAUUUGAUUAAGUUGAUCGAUACAAAAAUGAUGGUUUCCACACAUGUGACGCAUCGUAUUAAGAGACACAUAUCGUUAAAAAGCAAACGAAGGAAGCGCGAUAAAAAGACAUGCAAGAUUUCAUCAAGGAUUUCGCUUGAGCGGCCUUCCUCUUACGGUGCAUCUACGAAGAUAUGUGCGUCACAUAAACAUCGCGAAAAGAAUGGUUCUUUUUCGCGCUCGGUUCCUCGCGUCCGCUCGAUCCCCGAGUAUCUCUCUUCGGAUCAGCGGCCGAUCUCAUACGCUACUUUCCGUUCCUACGGUUCCUCUCUCACUAAUUUAACCGAUUGUCAUCGUACGCGCGUAUUGUCAGCUACUUCUUCAGAAACUUUGAAAAAAUCUUCAAACCGCAGCAACCAUGACGCGGUAUUGUCUAUCAGCAGCGAUCCUUGUAAAACGAUAAACACUAAUCAUCCGUCGUACGACGCAACAAAAGUUGCGACGUGCAAAUGCAAUAGCGUUUGUAAUCUAGAAACAGCAUCGUGUCAUAUUGAUUGCACUAAGCCCACUAACAUAGCUAAUAUGACUUACACGUGUGUGUCCCGUCCUUCUCCCGAUCAUAGGCAGCAAGACGAGGCGUCUGCAAGUCCGUCCUGUCCGCUUCCGGCCGUUCCUUCGGUAGCCGCCAAGAUGUCCCAAUCACCGGCAACUCGAACACUUGCCAGCAUACCGCUUCAUCGGAGAUCUAGCGAUUCCGAUUUGAGUGUUACUCCGAAAGGUAACUCUCUUGGGAGUGAUAGAUCGAUGGCGGGACUUUUAAGGACACCAGCUGCGAUGGUUAGACCCAUGAAUCAAGACACGUUGGAAAUGUUAGAAUAUCCGUUCAUCACAAUGCAACAUUAUCCACCUGGUUUUAUAUUACAGAUAGGUGGUUUAGUGAGCUCAAAGUCAGUAAAAUUACUUGAAAGAAUAAGCAAUUUGGAGGAACCAGAAGGCCGUGACGCGUGGUGGACUGAAAUCAGAAUGGAAGUUAGAUCACACGCCAGAGCGUUAGCUUGUAAUGUUGUUAUAGGCUAUAGAGAAGAAACUAGUAUAUGUGACGAUGUGUGUGUACUAAGCGCGUCUGGUACCGCGGCGGUCAUAAAUUUUCAUAAUUCUGGUCAAGAUACAGACGGUACAGUUUUAAAUAAACUUCAACAAAAUGCGCCCGUAACUAGCACAGAUUCGGAUCGUGAAAAAAACCAACAAAAAUCGAUGGGAACAAAGACAGAGAAAGUUGACAGUGAUGCUUCUGUGGCGACUCAUUUGGAACGACAAAAUGGAAAAAUCUGCAGACAUUUUUCCGAAAGUAAUGAUCACGAGAGUCCUUGCAGCCAGUCUCAAUUGCGAUGCAGUCUGUGUCAUCUUCCUUACAGCGAAAGUAGCGUGCCAUUUAGAGUUAACGUGUCAAAGUGUGCCAUAUGCAAACGUGCCAAAGUUCCGGAUGUGAUAUUUACUACUAUAGAAGUGCCUGCGAACAUCCCAAUUACCGGGAGAGGCUGUUUUAUUCAAGCGACUGUAUGUAAAACAAAAAAGGAUCUGCGGGGCGAACUGAACGCAAAAGAAAUAUCUGAUUCUCUCCCCUUUUUGGAAUACGAGCUUCAUAGUUUGUUAUUAAAUAAGCUCAAACUUAAGGGCAUGAACGCGAUCUUUGGCCUCAGGUUGCAGGUUUCCGUGGGAGAACGAUUCAUAAUCGGCAUGGCGGUAGGUACCGCGGUUUAUCUGACAGCGUUACCUCCACCUACUGUACCUCAAAUAGCGUCCGGCAAUUCGUGGCAUAACGAGGAACAGUUAGCGGAAAUGCAGAAAUCUAUCGUAGACACAGUAAAGAAAAAUAGAGAAUUCUAUCACUUGAAACUCAUCGGAACCAACGAAGCGGAAAAUGGGCGCAUUCCGAGUACCUCUGAUACAGACGAAUCAGAUGAGGAUCUGCCGGAACUUGAUUAUGGAGUAGGUACUCGAGACGCGUGUAUUUUAGAGGUAGACGAUAUCGAAGACAUGGAUCGAAUAUUGUCAUUAAUAGAUGAUAGGCCGCCCGACGAUUUUCACGUUGUUAAUACGCAAACAAUACCUGGUCUUGAAGAUUUGGAAAUUGUUAGAAAUUUACAAAUGUUCACGCAAGUUUCAAGAGCUAAAAUUCCUCUUGGUCAAUUUGCGUCGAUGCCAUCAAAAUAUUUUGCUAGACUACUUCAGUCGUUAUAUUUUAAAUUAAGAAGAAUGGUUCCUUGCGCGCUAUGUGAUAUGCAGUUUAAAGUUGCAUUACCGGAGCAAGAUGAAAUACAACUGACUGUUGUCGGUAUGGCACUUGGAUUAGGAGAACCCUUAAAUAUAAAUAAAUAUAAAAGAAAAAUGGUGUGUCGUUCAUUGAGCAAGGAUCAAGUAAGAAAAUCAGAUGAUAGUGAUAUGAUAUUCAGUCUUGACGAAGAUCAUCUAGAGAACAAUGCCGCAACUGAAAAUCCAACACGCAACUGCAUAGGAAAUUCUGCGACUUUAAGUAGUGUUCUUAUACAAAAGCCACGGCCACGUUCACCUUUACGUUUAAAAUCGUUUACUACUCAUAGACAUAAACAUGUGCCUUUGAAAGCAAGAUACGGCGUAGAUAUAACACCUUUAUCGUAUCUGCCUGGUGGAAGAAUAGAGAGAUAUCAAGGCAAUCUAAAUUUCUUUUUUAUUCGUGAAAGUACUUCAAUACGAGAAAAUGGUGGAUUGAGUGGUUUUACUCAUAGUUUUGUAAUGGAAGUCUUAGCGAUUGUUCGAGCACACAUUACGGCGUUAGGGGGUAAUGCAAUGGUAGCGUUUUUUAUGACGCAAUGCGUACUCCUUCACAAUCCUCACAAAAGUCAAGGUCAAUGUUUGAUUAAUGUAGGUGGCGAUGUGGUUACUGUAUCUUAUUAUUCUGACGAAAAGCAUAACGCUGUUUCUAAUUGCUGACCCCAGCCUCCACAUUCAGCCCCACCAUAAAACAAUACAUUUGGCACAUUAUUGGUGAUCACGUAAAUUAAGUGAAAAUGCCAACGUUGUUAUGGAUAGGACUGGAUUUUUAGAAUUAUAGCAGACUCUUGAAUUUAUUACAUAUUGUGCAAUAAGUAAUCCCAUAAUAUCUUUUUAAUAUUAUGUAGCAAUUUAUUUAUGAAGAUACAGAUAUACUUCUUCCCCACUCCUUUUCUAGUAAACAAAUACCAUAACAUAAAAACACAAAGGUAUAUUAUUUAUCUAUUCUUACGUAUUUGAAAUGUUUUUAGUAAUAUCUAUAUUUUGUAAAUGAAACAUUUUUGUUCAAAAUUAUCUCUUGCAGGAUCAUGUCGCAUGUCACAUACACAUGUGCAUAUUGUACAUAUAUACACAUGUAUAUCUCUUCUUUCUUCUCGUAUCUUGUAUUAUUAUUUAACUAUUAGACCUAGCACGCGCACGCAACUAUUUCGAUAUUCGUUCAACAUUAAUUAUCUAUUGUAUAUAAAACCUUAACAAACGAGUUUUAUUAUAAUUGUAUGUUUCUCAAACAAAUACUGCGUAUAUUCCGUUGAAUAAACUCUAGUCACAAACCUGUUAUUUGUUAUAUUUUGUUAUUAACUUUGUUUUUAAAAAAUUAACUUAAAUAGUUUGUAAAGGAUUUAUGAAGUUUCUCUUCGUUAAACUGUAAGAUUGUUUAUUCAGGAGCGUUGCUCUACGUGUGUAUCUUAAUUGCGUUUUUUAUUAUGAAAAAAUAUAUGUUAUUUGUUGUGUAUAGAAUAUUGCAUACAUAAAUGAGAUACAUAAAACCAGAGAAAAGUCUUCUCUCUGUUGUUAGUUUUUAUUUUACACCUAUUGCACCCAAAUUUGGUGACUUGUACAAUAUUUUUGCUUUAUUAUGUAGAUGAUUUUUUUAAUUGUAUAUAUACAGUAUUCAGAUUAUAAAAUUUAAUUGCAUUUUGCUUUUGCGGUUACCAUGUGUAAUAAUAUCUGUCUCGCAAUAAUGUCUGCUCGUCUUGUUUGUCGCAACCAUCUUGUACACGUACAAGAGAGACAAGAUAAAUUAUGCGCGACAGGAAUAAAAUACGAGCCGUAACAUGUACGGGAGUUAAAUUAGAGUACAUGCGAUAUAAGAUACUUUCUCGUCGUACAUACGCCACGAUAAAGACUACUUAGGAUGCAGGAUAGUCGACGGGAAAAACAAAUAUUGUCGCACGGGUAAUUGUUAUAAGACGACGACAUGGUGCGGAACAUUAAUCUUCGGAAACUCUAAUGUUUUAUUAUUGUUGGCUCUUAAAAUUUCGAGUUUUCUUGCGAUACGUAAUAGAUUCUGUACACAAGUUAUGUCUCAACAGUUCUGUCUGUUUUAUUACGUAAUAAAAGUUAGGUAAAUAUAGUUGUGA